AUGGACAAGAUCAAAGGUAUAUUGAGCCGUAGUGGACAUGCCAUCGAAAACGAGCUUGGACAAGAGCACGCCAACCACGAUUUGAAUGAAAAAGCAGCCGAAAUUGUUUCUCAACAAACCGUUAAUGACGAUUUUGAAGCCGAUAGGAAAGUUCCCGAUUUGGAUCUAGUGGUGUCCAAAUCACAAGAAUUUGACCCCAUUACAUCGCGUUUGGUUGAUGAAAUUAUUGAUGAUGAUUAUGCUGGUAUCCAUGUUGAAGAUGACUCACCUUAUCCUGAAGUUAGAGCUGCAGUCCCUAGUUCAGAUGAUUACGAUAUGCCACAAGCUACCAUCAGAGGUUGGACAAUAGGAUUGAUCAUGACGACUAUUGGAUCAGCUAUGAAUAUGUACUUUUCCCUUCAUUCGCCAACAGUCACUAUUACUACCUUGGUCACUUCUAUUUUGGCUUACCCCAUUGGAAGAUUCUGGGCUUGGUGUGUACCAAAAAAUUGGAAGAUAUUUGGUCUUCCUUUAAACCCUGGCCCUUUUAAUAUUAAAGAACACGCAGUGAUUACUAUCAUGGCAAAUGCUUCCUUCAGCUCGGGGCCGGCCUAUGCUACUGACAUCUUGGUAUCUAUGAAUAAGUUUUAUAAUAUCGACUUUGGUGUUGGGUUUGCUCUUGUCGCUACCCUUGCCACUAAUAUGAUUGGGUUUUCAAUGGGUGGGUUGAUUAGGCGAGCUGUUGUUGACAGUCCAUCGGCUAUUUGGCCCCAGAACUUGGUUACAAGUACUUUUUUAACCAACAUGCACAUUAAUGAAAACCAUCCAGCUAACGGUUGGAAGAUAUCUCGUCUUGCAUUUUUCUUGACUGUGUUUAUUGUGGGGUUCUUCUACUACUGGUUCCCCGGUUACAUCUUUACUGCAUUGUCCUACUUCUCAUGGAUCACUUGGAUUAAACCAAAUAAUGUCACCAUUAAUCAAAUAUUUGGAUCAAGUUCAGGUUUGGGAAUGUUUCCUAACUCCUUUUCAUUAGAU